GUGCAGGGAUGUAGACAUGGUCAAGAGGAUGUGACAAAGUUCAAACUGAGCAUCAAAACAGGCUCGGUAUGCUGUGAAGGACCAGUAUGACCAGGAGGGAGAAAGAAAGAGGGAGAGUGAGAUAUUUAUCAGCAGAGAGGUGGAGCCUGCCUGUCAUUCCUUCAGUCGCCUGUAACUCCCCUGUCAGAUCAUGGACUUUGUGCAGCAGUCAACAUACAUCUGUGGUGCUGAGGAGGGCCACUGCCAACUGAAGCUGGUCAACUAUGAGGCUGAUGAAAACCACAUUUCCCAUGAGACUCAGGGGCUCAGCAGGAAGCACCUGGUGGUACGACGAGGGAAACCCUUCAAAAUAACGCUGAUGUUCUGUGGUCGGCCGUGGAAUCCUCUCAUGGAGAUCCUGUUCCUGGAGGUUUGGUUAGGUGAUAUGUCCGAGAGGAUGAGAGUCCAGUUCUCUGACGAGUGGCGCGACCCCUUAAGAUGGUCUGCCAAAGUCUACCAAAGCGGCAUACACCCAAAGUCAGUCACCAUCCACAUCUGCUCUCCUGUUCUGUCCUCAGUGGCUCUUUAUGAGCUUCUUCUCCACAUAGAAACCAGACACAAUAGGAGGACGUAUGUAGUGGGUACAUUCAUCCUGCUCUGCAACCCUUGGCUUCAAGAAGACCCUGUGUACAUGCCACUAGAUGCCCAUAUAGAAGAAUAUAUUAAAAGUGACUAUGGGUUGAUGUACAUCGGCACCCCACUGAACAUAAACAGGAGGCCUUGGUCAUUUGGUCAGUAUGAGCCUGGGGUCCUGGAGGCGUGUCUACAGCUUCUGCAGGUCAGUCCACAGCACCAGAAGGACAAAAAUGAAGACUACGCUCUACGAGCAGACCCAGUCUACCUCAGCAGGGUGCUCUGUGCAAUGGUGAACUGCAAUGACGACCUGGGGAUUCUGAUGGGGAAGUGGCAGGGCAGCUAUAAGGAUGGUGUCAAACCUACAGAUUGGAGCAGCAGCGCUGACAUCCUCCACCACUGGGCUUCUUCAAACUGCAGCCCUGUACGUUACGGACAGUGCUGGGUCUUUGCUUCUGUCCUCUGCACAGUGAUGAGAGUGCUGGGGAUUCCCUCCAGGGUGGUGACGGUGUUUAACGCUGCCCAUGAUGGCGAUGGCAGCUUGUCAAUAGAAGAAUAUUACUCAAGCACUGGGGAAAAGCUCAACCUUUCAAAGGACAGUAUUUGGAACUUCCACGUUUGGUUGGAGUGUUGGAUGAGGCGUCCAGACCUUGGUUCUGGGUUUGAUGGCUGGCAGGUUGUGGACCCGACUCCACAGGAGAAGAGUGCAGGGAUUUUCUGCUGUGGCCCUUGCCCGGUUGUAGCCAUUCAGCAGCAUUGCCUUGGUGCUCCAUUUGACACCCCGUUCAUCCACGCUUCUGUUGAUGCUGACAUCGUUCGCCUUAUUGUGCGUGAUGGACUGGUGGUGGGGAGGAAGGUGAACACUGAGGCAGUGGGACAGCUGAUCUACACCAAGAGUGUCGGCUCAGACAGACCAGAGAAUCUCACACCUGCUUACAAGAGCAGGAAGAUAGAAAAACCUGCUACUAUGAUGAUGGUGAACAAGUGCAGCGCAACGUUCGGUUCUUCACGUAGCACCCUGCAGUCUUGUCCAUUACUAGGUAGAGCAGGAGGAUCAUCUCUAGGAGGAUCUUCAUCUCUAGGAAGAUCUUCCCAAGGUUUGGAGGUGUCCCUAAACAUAGAGGGGGUGCCAUCAAUGGGUGACAGUAUCAUCAUGUGUGCGACAGUCACAAACCAGUCAAACAGCCCCCGAGUCCUGAUGGAAUACCUCAACGCUCAGCUCAAAGAGUUUAACAGCGGCCUGCAAGAGAGCUUCUGGAGAAUGAGCAAAAAAGUGCACAUAAAGGCUGGAGAAGUUUUGAAGCUUGCACACACCAUCCCUCCCUCUGAGUACGAGGCAUACCUGGCAGGUGAUGACAUUGUGAACGUCGCUGUGGUGAUAAAAGACAUGAAGACGGAUGAAAGAGCCCUGGCAGCACAGGAGUUUAACAUAAGCUCACCACAGAUAACUAUAGAGAUUGAAGGAGGUGACAGCAUCAGGCUAAAAGAGAAGCAAAAAGCCCAGGUUUCUUUCAUCAACACGUUUUCCAAAACUCUGAAUGGAGCGGUGCUGACAGUGGAGGGAUCUGGUUUGUUAGAGGACAAACAGCAGGCCAGACUUGCUCUUCUGAAGCCUGGAGAGAAGAUAGAGAAGCAGGUGUCCAUCAUGGCAUCUUCUCCUGGAACCAAAAUCUUGACGGCCACUUUCUCACACAGCGACUGCCCCAGUGUCGUUUCCAGAAGUUUCCACAAAGUGUCCGUCAAGAAUGAGAAACACUGAAGAACUUUUGUGAACAUAUUGCUAGCAAAUUUUUUUGAUGUUUUACCUUUUUAUACUGUGAAGCACUUCCAUUCAACUUGUUUGUUUUAAUGUGCUACGCUAAUAAAGCUGACUGACUAUUCUUAAAGUAUUAAGCCCAUACCAUAUACUCAAGAAGAAUUACAGUAAAGGAAAAACAUCCAUCCCAAUAAAGUUUACAUUUAAAAAAAUAAAACAGUUAACCUGA